AUGAUCUAUAUGUUGGUGGCGGCGAGUUUCCACGAUCAACACCAUUUUGUCUGUCACGAUCCAGUAGUAAUAGCCUGAAAAAAGUAAAAAACGGCAAUUAAUUAAAAGCUACAGGAUCAAUGAACGAAGUAAAGGCCAAGACAAAGUACCUUCGGACACCUUUAUUACACAGAGAGUUCUCUUGAGCCAAAAGUUUUUCCUAUCUCAAGUCUUAAGGAGAGUGAAACCCGCUUUUAAGUGCUCCCGCAACACGUUCGGCAAAAAAUUUCUAAAAAAUCAACAGUAAUUUUUAGCCACGUGAAACUUGCACAAUAUUGCACUAAAAUUGAAUGGGCUAUAAACACUAGUGAUAUGCGGCUAAACAUGUCGGCCCCUCGAAGCAGGCCUACUACGAGGGUCGGAUCAACCUCCACCAUUCUAAACUCGCGUCCGCGAAUCCUGAGGUCCGCCUGACUGCCAGUGGACUUGACGUUGCCCUCAUGCAGGAGCCGUGGAUACUCGGCAACAAAAUCUGCGGGCUUGGGGUGAAGGGCUUUAAGCUAAUUGCCGCACAAAAUGCAGCUCAGUGAUGGCGAUCUGGUAGCGGCAAGCAUAGAGCUGGAUAAAAUCAGCUUCUGGGUAGCCUCUGCCGACAUGGCCCACGAUAAGGACGUACCACCAGAGAAGGUUCGGACAUUGGUCAAGGAAGCAGCCUAUAGGAAAAAACAACUGGUUGUCUCCUGCGACGCUAAUGCUCACAAUUCGAUGUGGGGGAGCACGAACACGAUCGCUAGAGGCGAAUCGAUACUAGACUUCAUUCUAGGAAAUAAACUUAGUGUCUUGAAUUUAGGCUCAGAGCCAACCUUUAUAACAAAGAGUAGAGAGGAAGAUUUGGAUAUAACCCGGACUUCGGACAUGUUUGCCCAUAAAAUCAAGAGAUGGAGAGUACUUAGGGUUGCCAGAUUUUUUUGGGCCGAAAUCAGCACAUUAGACUUUUUCAUGCUAUUGAAUUCAGUACAUUUCAGUACACUUUUAUUCCAAGCAGAAUUAUGAAUGUAAGUAGACAAUACUUUUAAACGCCAGAUUACUUGUUUUUCAUAUUAUCUUGGUAUAUAAAUAAAAUGUUUUUCAUAAAAAUUAAAAAGGUUAUUCAUUUUAAUAUACUCAUAUACACAUUAACAUGUAGUACGAAAAACCUUUAUAAUAUCAUUGUUCCAAUAAAUUAUUUUAUAUAUAUGACAUUUUUUAAUAGCAAUA